UUCCGUUGCAAAACCGACAAGUGCAUCCCGUUCUGGUGGAAAUGCGACACCGUGGAUGACUGCGGGGACGGCUCCGACGAGCCCGCUGAGUGCCCUGAAUUCAGAUGUCAGCCAGGACGUUUCCAGUGUGGAACUGGGCUUUGUGCUCUUCCAGCUUUUAUCUGUGAUGGAGAGAACGACUGUGGGGACAAUUCUGAUGAACUGAACUGUGACACACACGUGUGUCUGUCAGGGCAGUUCAAGUGCACGAAGAACCAGAAGUGCAUCCCCAUAAACCUGAGAUGCAAUGGCCAGGAUGACUGUGGGGAUGAAGAAGAUGAAAGAGACUGUCCUGAAAACAGUUGUUCUCCAGACCACUUCCAGUGUAAAACAACCAAACACUGCAUUUCCAAACUGUGGGUGUGUGAUGAAGACCCAGAUUGUGCUGACGGAUCAGAUGAAGCCAACUGUGAUAAAAAAACUUGUGGGCCUCAUGAGUUCCAGUGCAAAAACAACAACUGCAUUCCAGAUCACUGGAGAUGUGACAGCCAGAAUGAUUGUGGAGAUAAUUCUGAUGAAGAAAACUGUAAACCUCAAACAUGCACUUUGAAAGACUUCCUUUGUGCAAAUGGAGACUGUGUUUCAGCGAGAUUCUGGUGUGAUGGAGACUAUGACUGUGCAGAUGGCUCAGAUGAGAGGUAUUGUGAAACAGGCUGUUCAAGGGAUCAGUUCCAGUGCUCCAAUGGCCAGUGCAUCUCAGCAAAAUGGAAAUGUGAUGGUCAUGAGGACUGCAAACUCGGGGAGGACGAGAGAAAUUGUGAACCAGCAUCUCCAACCUGCUCUUCAAGUGAGUACGUGUGUGCAAGUGGAGGCUGCAUUUCGGCAUCUCUGAARUGCAACGGAGAGUUCGACUGUGCUGAUGGAUCUGAUGAGAUGGAUUGUGUAACAGAAUGCAAAGAAGAUCAGUUUCGAUGCAGGAAUAAAGCCUACUGCAUCCCUGUGCGAUGGCUCUGCGACGGGAUCCACGACUGUGUGGAUGGCAGUGAUGAAGAAAACUGUGACCAAGGGGGAAAUAUAUGUAGAGCUGAUGAAUUUUUGUGCAACAAUUCCCUCUGCAAACUGCAUUUUUGGGUUUGUGAUGGUGAGGAUGACUGUGGAGAUAACUCUGAUGAAGUUGCAGAAAUGUGUGUGAAGUUUCCGUGCCCUCCAACGAGGCCGUUCCGAUGUAGAAACAACAGAGUUUGUCUGAGACCCGAGCAGAUCUGCAAUGAGGUCGAUGACUGUGGGGAUAACUCGGAUGAAGAUCACUGUGAUAAAAUCACAUCCAAAGCCAGGCCGUGCAAAAAAGAUGAGUUUGCUUGCAGUGAUAAGAAAUGCAUUCCGAUGGAGCUGCAGUGCGAUUGGUUUGAUGACUGUGGAGAUGGCUCCGAUGAGCAAGACUGCAAAAUGAGUGUUGCUGAAUAUACUUGUGAAGAUAAUGUGAAUCCUUGUGGAGAUGAUGCAUUCUGUAAUCAAACAAAAUCAUCCCUUUUGUGUCAGUGUAAACCUGGAUUUCAGAGAAACAGGAGUAACAGACAAUGUGAAGACAUCAACGAGUGCAUGGUGUUUGGUGCCUGCUCCCARCACUGCCACAAUAUAAAGGGCUCUUACAGAUGUGCGUGUGAGAAAAAUUAUAAGGAGCGGAAUAACGGUUGCAUAGCAAAAGGCUCUGAAGAUCAAGUUCUCUAUGUUGCUAAUGACACUGACAUCCUGGGUUUUGCAUAUCCAUUCAACUACAGCGAUGCUCAUCAGCAAAUAUCCCAUAUUGAACACAAUUCAAGGAUAACUGGGAUGGAUGCAUAUUUUCAAGGGGAUAUGAUUGUUUGGAGCACUCAGUUUAAUCCAGGAGGGAUUUUCUACAGAAAACUUCACGACAGAGAGAGGAGGCAGAGYAACAGUGGCUUGAUAUGUCCAGAGUUCAAAAGGCCGAGGGGCAUUGCUGUGGACUGGGUGGCUGGCAAUAUUUACUGGACUGACCACUCCCGAAUGCAUUGGUUCAGCUAUUACACCACACACUGGACCAGCCUGAGAUAUUCCAUCAAUGUGGGGCAGCUGAAGGGACCCAACUGCACCAGGCUCCUCACCAGCAUUGCAGGGGAGCCAUAUGCAAUUGCUGUCAAUCCUAAAAAAGGGAUGAUGUACUGGACAGUUAUUGGGGAUCGGUCUCACAUAGAGGAGUCGUCUAUGGAUGGUACUCUUAGAAGGAUCUUGGUUCAAAAGAACCUGCAAAGACCUACAGGUCUCGUAGUUGAUCAGUACAGCCAGCGCUUGUUCUGGGCUGAUUUUGAAUUAUCUGUUAUUGGCAGUGUCCUUUUUGAUGGCUCCGAUUCAGUUGUGUCUGUGAGCACAAAACAAGGUUUACUGCAUCCACAUAGAAUCGACAUUUUUGAGGAUUACAUAUAUGGAGCAGGCCCCAAAAAUGGUGCAUUUAGAGUGCACAAAUUUGGCAGGAGCCUUGUAGAAUACCUAAGUGUGGAUGUUGAUAAAGCAAAAAGUGCCUUGAUUUUUCACCGCUACAAACAAAUGGACUUGCCUAAUCCAUGCUUGGACCUGACGUGUGAAUUCAUCUGUUUACUCAACCCUUCUGGUGCAACGUGUGCUUGUCCAGAAGGAAAAUCAUUGAUGAAUGGAACAUGCAUUGAUCAGAGCCUCUUAGAUGACAGCUGUAAAUUAAGCUGUGAGAACGGAGGGAAGUGCAUUAUCAACGAGAAGGGGGAUCCUCGGUGCCACUGCUGGCCCAGCUACUCUGGUGAAAGGUGUGAAACCAAUCACUGCUACAACUACUGCCAGAAUGGAGGAACUUGCGGGGCCUCUCUCCUUG